GCAUGCCAUUAUUUUAUUGUCUAACAUGGUUUUGGUUGAACCGAAAGCUCUGGUGCCUUUUGGCAGUUACAGGAAGAGCAGCUUCGCAGGGCACCAAUCGAUCGGUACCCGGAUUCACAGUUGAUGGAGGCCGGAGCUGGAUGUCUUCGAAUUCUCCGAAGCACCGUGAAACACUAUUCAGUGCAGAGCGUACAAAUUUCGCUGCGUCUAGCUAGCUAGACAUCGACGAGCUAGCUAGACUUCUACCAUAUCUGGCAAUCUGGGUUCUUGAGGAUGAAGAUGAGCAAGAACAAGAGGAGGCAGCAGCUGGGUGGGAAGCCUGUGCUGGUGACGUUCUACGUGGCGGAAGCGGAACCAAGGGAUCACGGUGGCUCCGCCUCCACGGCGACCUCAUCCCACGGCCUUGGGCAUCACCACCACCACCACCACCACAAGAAUAAGCAGCGUCAAGAUCACCAUCACUCCCAUGGCGAUGGUCCUGACAUGCAGCGGCGACGACGGAAAGACGGCAAAUCUCAGAGUAACCGGCGGGCGGACCUGCUGGAGUACUCGCGGCAGCUGAGGGCAUCAUCGGCACGGCAGACGGCAGCCACCACGGCUACUGCAAGCCCCACUCCGCCGCCUGCUCCUCCUCCUCCUCGUCGAGAUUGGGACACAAGCACGGCGGCUGUUGGUGUUCGUCGCGACGAGCGGCAGCGGCCGCCGCAGGCAGCUGUGAAUCGGCUGGAGCGCGCGAUGAGCCAGCAGAACAUCCGGCAGCGUUGCUUCGGCGGUGACGACUGGAGCUGGAAGAGGUUGUUGGUGCUCGUCUUCCCUUUCCACAGGCGACCAAGGAGGAGCAAUCGUGAUGGCAGCGAAAAGAACGUGAAUAUUAUUAAUCAAACAGGACGGCCGGCUGCGUUGCUGGUCGGCAAGCUGACGACGGUUUCUUCCAAGAACAGACGAGAACGUAGCGGCUUCUUGAAGACGCUUAUGCCCUCCUUUCAGAAGCGGUCACGAUAGUCGUUGAACAAUGAUGUAUUUUUGGUGAGAACGCGAACCUAAGACAUACGAGUGGUAGACCGUUUCUCUUUUAUUGCGUUUGCUGGAAUGCUACCUGAUUGAGUGUAGCCCAGUGGCGGAUCUAG